GUCAGAGACAGACAGAGGAGAGAAAGGCAGGGCACUGGGAACAGUGUGGCUAGGCAUCUGGACAUUUCAUCUCUGGACUUACUCAGGAGGAAUGACUCUUCAACCAACAAGUGUCCCAGACCUAAGCACUACAGCUUUAUAUGGAGAUCAAAACAACACCAAUGGCACUCACUGUCCUGAUCAGGACACCUGGGAGUGGCUCUAUGCUGGUCAGCCAGUGUAUAUCAUCCUACUUGCUGUGCUGGGAAUCGCAUUUAAUGUGUUUGUCCUGAUGGUAUUCUGUCUCCACAAGAAGGCAUGCACUGUGGCUGAGAUCUAUUUGAGCAAUUUGGCUGCUGCUGACCUUGUCCUAGUGUCUUGUUUGCCCUUCUGGGCUGUCAACAUAUCCAACGGUUUCAACUGGCCCUUUGGUCUGUUCCUGUGCAAAGUUGUCAACCUGGGCAUUAAGAUGAACGCCUACUCCAGCAUCUACUUCCUAGUCCUAGUCAGCAUAGAUCGCUAUGUGGCGCUGGUGCACACAAUGUCCCAUGGCAGAAUGCGUAGGCCGAAGUAUGCCAAACUGGGCUGUCUGCUGAUGUGGAGUUUUGGCUUGCUCCUGAGUGUCCCCACACUCAUCUUCCGGGAAGUGAAGUAUUUCCCUGAGUUUGAUGUCACUGCAUGCUUUUUGAACUACCCCAACGAGACCCUGGAGCUGUUCUGUGACGGGAUGUUGAUUGUCUUUAGCUUCAUCAUCCCCUUUUCGAUCAUCUCAUUUUGCACCGUCAAAAUUAUCCAGGCUUUGAAAAUCCAGGCAAUAGAGAGGUUCAGUGCUGAGAAAACGGAGCAGAAGGCCACCACUCUGAUGCUGGCUGUCCUCCUGGCCUUCCUCAUCUGCUGGGUGCCAUUCCACGUGGUCACCACACUGGACGUGCUGCUAAGAGCUGAAGUCCUGGGAGGGUGUCACUUAACCACAGUCCUAGAUAUCUGCAACCAGAUCUUCACCUAUCUAGCUUUCUUCAACAGUGUUCUCAACCCUAUCUUGUACGUCAUCGUGGGAAAGAACUUCCGGAAAAAAGUUCAGGAACUCUUCAAGCAGUGGAGUGUUAAGAGAACAACAAGCUCAGAGUCCACACGGUCAAACCUGUCCUCCACCUUAAAGACUGUCUUAUGAAAUAUUACUAACAAAAGCACUGUUCCUCUCCAAAGUAGAAUUUGUAGAAAGCUGACUGUGGAGGACAGUCAUUUAAUAACCCCUUGCCAAUGAAAAUGAUUGAAAUGAUGACCUAGAGUUUUUACAGUGGAUAUAAUUGUAUCAAAUGGGACCAAAUCACCCUACCUCAGAUCAGUCUAUGAUGAGAUGUCUUAAAGAUAAACCAAAUCUUUAAUUAUUUUUAGAAAAUGUAACUACAUGUAUAGAGACAUAUGGGGCUGGAAUGUUCCCUCCUGGAGAGGGUGUUACAGAUUUCUGAUAAUGGUGGUAUUCUGUUGCAGCCAUGCUAGAUAAUUAUAUAUCACUUAACAUAAACUGGAAAACCUAAACCACAAAGAAUUGUUUUUCACACUUUUAUAAUAGCUCUACCACAUGCAAUAAACUACAGCUGGAACCCUUGUUACAAACAUUGGUAAACAUCAGUAUCUUGAAUGUACAGGCAGUGUAAUGUAAAUCUGCUUGGCUUCUGUAAAAUUAUUUCUGUAAAUAGAAUUUUUAUACUCCAUCUUAUCGUAUUUCUGAUAGCUCAGAUUGUAAAAACGCUUGCUAAGUGUUUUCUGAUGUUUCUGACUCAUUGUCUCCUGAGUUAAAAACAAGAUUGUGUCAAACAGUUUCCAGUGGUGACACACAAACAUGCGUCCUUUUUUUUUCUUCUUCUGGCUGCAUAGACAUCAGUUGUCUCGUUAUACAGUUCUCCCCACACCACUUAUUGGCCCAGUGUUGACUCAGUGUGGGCUGUGGGUGAGGGUACACCCCUAGCUUUCCCCAAAAUGAAGGCAUGUGAUGCCAAACAGGAAAUCUUUGUUAGGAGUCAUGCUUUACCACUAUUGCCAGGGCUGGAAAGUGUUGUGGAACAAAAAACAUGCAGGCAGACAAAGUUACCUCAAACAGUAAAGUAUACGCCAAAAAUACACAGUUUGACCUGUUUCAUGUAUUUUUGUCUGCCUCUCAGGAUUACACAAUGUUUUUCACGCUCUUCUUUCAAAUCUGGAAUAUAUAUUUUUCUUUGUUCAAAGAUUUGCAUUUUUAAGUCAAACUGAAAUAAAAACUCAUUUUUGCAAAAGGAGUCAGAAUACUAUAUAUAUAUUGUUCUGAUUGGCUCCCCAACUUUA